GCCAUGCUGGGGCUAAACCACACCUUCCAGUCUCAGUUCAUCCUCCUUGGAUUCUCCGCCUUCCCCCACCUUCAGCUGAUGUUCUUCCUGCUCUUCCUGCUGAUGUACCUGUUCACCCUGCUGGGCAACCUGCUCAUCAUGGCCACCAUCUGGAGUGAGCGCAGCCUCCACACACCCAUGUACCUCUUCCUGUGUGCCCUCUCCAUCUCUGAGAUCCUCUACACCUUGGCCAUCAUCCCGCGCAUGCUGGCUGACCUGCUCUCCGCCCACCACUCCAUCCCCUUGGUUGCGUGUGCCAACCAAAUGUUCUUCUCAUUCACAUUUGGCUUCACCCACUCCUUCCUGCUCACUGUCAUGGGCUACGACCGCUACGUGGCCAUCUGCCACCCCCUGCGCUACAAUGUGCUCAUGAGCCCACGUGCUUGUGCCUGCCUCGUGGCCUGGUCCUGGAUUGGUGGAUCAGUCAUGGGGAUGGUCGUCACAACAGCCGUUUUCCAUCUCACUUUCUGUGGACCCAAUGAGAUUCACCAUUUCUUCUGCCAUGUACCACCUCUGUUGAAAUUGGCCUGUGGAAAAAAUGUAUUGGUGGUGGCCAAGGGUGUGGGCCUGGUGUGUAUCACAGCUCUCCUGGGCUGCUGCCUCCUCAUCCUCCUGUCCUAUGCCUUCAUUGUGUCUACCAUCUUGAGGAUCCCGUCAGCUGAGGGCCGGCACAAAGCCUUCUCCACAUGUGUGUCCCACCUCACGGUGGUGGUUGUGCACUAUGGCUUUGCCUCUGUCAUCUACCUCAAGCCCAAGGGCCCCCAGUCCCUGGAAGGGGACACCUUGAUGGGCAUCACCUACACGGUCCUCACCCCCUUCCUCAGCCCCAUCAUCUUCAGCCUCAGGAACAAGGAGCUGAAGGUAGCCAUAAAGAAGACCUUCCUCAGCAAACUCUCUCUGCAGAACUCUUGA